AUGCUUCGACCCUGGCUACACCAAUGUCCCUGGGCUCUCCGCUCUUUCACCUGUCCCCAAUGUCGGCCCUAUACCUCUCCGCCACGUCUCUUACCCUGGAAUGCCAUCUCAGCAUCCUCCUCUCCUCAUAUUAGGCACCUACAAACAUCGGCGAUAGACUCAGAGGAUCGUGUUCCCCUCCGGAAGCAGCUCAAACAAGGCGCAAAGGCUUUGAAGGCUCACAAGCGUCAACGGAGGGAGAGCGAAGAAGCAUCCCGAGAGAAAUGGGAAUUGACCGUGGGGAUCGAAAUCCACGCGCAGCUGAAUAGUGCCACGAAGCUAUUCUCGAGAGCCUCGACGUCAUCCACCGAUCUACCCAAUUCAAACGUCGCUCUCUUUGACCUGGCCUUCCCAGGCAGUCAGCCGCAAUUCCAAAUCCCGACUCUUCUUCCCGCCCUGCGUGCUGCACUGGCUCUGAACUGUGAGGUCCAGCCAGUCAGCCAAUUUGACCGAAAACAUUAUUUCUACCAGGAUCAACCGGCUGGGUAUCAGAUUACUCAAUACUACAAACCCUUUGCGAAAGAUGGCUACGUUGACCUCUUCCGCCAUGACGGCAUUGCUGCGGAAGAUGGCGACCACGUUCGCAUCGGCAUCAAACAAGUCCAGCUCGAACAAGACACGGCCAAAUCCCAGGAAUACCCUCCCUCGACCCAGCUGCUCGACUUCAAUCGUGUCUCCCACCCGCUCGUUGAGAUCAUUACCAUGCCUCAGAUCCACACCCCUGCGACAGCCGCCGCCUGCGUCCGGAAGAUCCAGGCAAUCCUCCAGUCGUGCAGUGCCGUGACAACCGGGAUGGAAUUGGGAGGUCUGCGGGCCGAUGUCAACGUGUCCAUCCGUGCUCGGAGGGAAGCCGCGGGAACUCAUCAAUACGGAGGGAUCGGCGGCCUAGGUCAGCACACGGAGAUCAAGAACCUUAGCAGCUUCAAGGCCGUUGAGGAUGCUAUCAUCGCAGAAAAGAAUCGCCAGAUUUCAGUGCUCGAGAGUGGCGGGGUUGUGCAAGGUGAAACGCGAGGGUGGGCGAUUGGAAGUACCGAGACGCGCAAACUCCGAGGCAAAGAGGGCGAGGUGGACUACCGAUACAUGCCAGACCCUGACAUACCGCCGCUCAUCAUCGGCGAUGACCUCGUGGCUGAGCUGAAGAAGACAAUGCCCGCAUCCUCGGACGAGUUAAUCGAUGUACUGACGGGCCCCGAAUAUGGACUGCCCAUAGAAGAUGCCAAGCCAUUGAUCGAGCUGGAAGAUGGGUCCCGCCUGGAGUACUAUCAAGACGUCAUGGACAUCCUGCGCUGUUUACAGCGGGAUCAGGACCCCAAGUCCCUGAAAACCCUUGGACGCGUGGCGGGCAACUGGGUUCUGCACGAGCUGGGGGGCCUUUUAACCAAGGCGGACCUGGCUUGGGAUGCGCAACGGGUACCGGCCCAGUCGCUGGCCGAGAUCAUCGACCAGCUGCAGCGGAAACAGAUCACCAGUCCUACGGCCAAACAGGUGUUGGCCAGCGUGUUUGACGGAGACCUACGGCCGAUCCCACAGCUUCUGGAAGAGGAGAAUCUACUGCUGCGCCCUCUUUCUCGGGAGGAGUACAUUGCUCUGGCAGAGUCGGCAAUGGGCCAGAACCCGCAGAUGGUCGAACAAAUCCGCAGCAAGAACCAGCUGGGGAAGCUGGGAUGGUUCGUGGGACAGAUGAUGCGCAUGGGAGAGAAGGGUCGAGUGGAAGCCCCCAAGGCUGAUGGGAUCCUGCGCGAGCUCAUCCUUGGGGAAUCGCAAGGCCGAUGA